AUGGACACGAACGGCGGCGCUUUGAAGGACAUACCCAGGACCAGGUUCAGCGACACGAUUAAGACCGGGGUCGACCUGCUCACGAGAGCCGUCGAGGACGUCAGCGGCAUCCUCGGGCCGCCAACAAGAGCGAGCUCCCGUGCCUGGUCUCGUUCAGGAAGGAUGGGGCUGUUGAUCGACACGUUCGAAAUGAUGAACCUAAUCCGUCGGGCGUGGAUGAUCAGAAACACAAACGUGCUCAUCGUGCUGAUCAUCGACUCGAGGGUGGACGGAUUCCUGGACCCGUUGGUCGACGUCAGCAGCAUCCUUGUCGUCUCGAUCACGACCCAGCCCACCACCCAAGGCGUAGGACCGAUCGGCAACGAAGAAAAUUAA